CAUUAUCUCCAAGUUGUGAAAACUGAGGUUAUGACAAGAUCCCAUAAAUUAUUCAUGGAAUACGAGUACACAACUCGAAGUAGUUUGGUUCACAGUCUUGAUUUCCCAGUUGCAAAAUUUCAUUUUGAGCCAUCGCAAAUGAAGGUCUUCAUAAACCAAUCGAAGUCCUCUUCGCGCUUUUUUAGAAAUGUUCGUGCUAUAAUUGGAAUUGUUACUACGGUUGUUGGGAUAUUACAUGUAAUUAUGUACAACAUGAUGAGAGCGAAAGCUUCUGACAGAGAGUCAGAAUUAGUUGGAGUAUAAACAAAGUCAAGUUCUGUAAACAUCCUGUAUUUGAGAUGCUGUAUUAAAUGAAGUUGAUCAGUGUGUAUUUUGCUAUUCAAAGUUCUACAAUGGAAGUAUGAGAAAAACUACUAUAUAUUUUAGUUGUUCUUGCUUCU